AUGACUUCAGUAACGCUCUGGAGUGGAUACUAUAUCGGCAACAGCAAAUUUUCCGACAAGGCAUUGAUCUUGUCAGGGCUAUUGCAAUAUGCAACUGGUAAAUUCUUGUCGCUGGUUUUUCCUCGUUUUAUGCCAUUGUCAAAACCAUUAUGGACCCCCUCGUUCGUGCUAAUCACCAAUAGUAUAUCAAUCUUCAAGGGCAUGCUUCUCAAAAAAUGCCUAGCUUACGCACCUGCAAUAGUUGCUAACUCUCUAGCAGCAGUGGGCCGUCAAUCUUUGGAAGUAUACUUUAUUGGUGAGAUCACUUUUCUUCUUUUGAAGUUCAACAAUGGAGCUGGAACAUCCAUUUGGAACAUGGCAGAGCACUUAUUGACCAAGUAUAUGCCUGCAAAUUUAGCUAACGCAGCUUUGUUGGUCUUGUUUGACAUGUUCUUAGUUGGUAGUGCGUUAGCAUGCUCCAAAUGGAACCUAAGAUUAAGACUUUGA